AUGCAGCUUCUCCUUCCCCUUGUUGGAUUAUCCAUUUCGGGCCUUGUGCAUGCUAGUGUGAGCAGUGCUGGCGCCUCGGCAACUGUAACGGGCUUCCUCUCCACUUCUUCUGGAACUCUUCAAGUUCCAAAUGGAGCUUCAUGUGCUUGCACGGAGCUUUCUCAGUCUAUGCCAAAGAACGUGAUCUUUCCCGGUUCGGGAAACUACACGACUCAGACCAUCGAUAACUACUGGGAUAUCCGGGCGAAUCUUUCUCCUGCGUGUGUUUUUGUGCCUAACACUGCUGCUGAAGUGUCCCAAGCAGUCAAGGUUAUCGGUGCCUGCAAUGCGCAGUUUGCUGUUCGCGGUGGAGGCCACAUGAACUAUCCUGGAGCGAACAACAUCGAUGCUGGAGUUCUGAUUGCCCUGUCGAAUCUGAACUCUGUCAAUGUGAAGAGCAACACCGUGGAGGUUGGCCCCGGCCUCAAUUGGUACCAGGUGUACUCAGCACUUGAGCCUCAUGGCCGUGUCUGCAUCGGUGGCCGUAUGAAGACAAUUGGUGUUCCCGGACUCAGUCUUAUCGGUGGCUUCCACUACUUCAACAACAAGUACGGAUACGCCAUGGACAAUGUGGUCACCUACGAUGUCGUUCUUGGAAAUGGAACACAGAUCACCGUCAACAAGAAUUCACACAGCGACCUUUUCUGGGCCUUGAAGGGUGGUGCAAACAAUUUUGGAAUCGUCACGAAAUUCGAAUUGAAGACUUUUGCUAUUCCCAAAGUCAGCACCACUAUCCAGGUUUUCAACGAGACAAACAUCCCCCAGUAUCUUUCGGCUGUCUGUGAGGCGGCUAAGCUAGAUGAUAAAGACCCCAUUGCUGCGGGCAUGAUCGCCACUAUCGCCUACAAUGCGACUACCAAGGUGGCACAAGGCUCUGUCCUCGGUGUCCAGGAGGGUGUCAGCAGCCCCCCAUCGCAGUUCGCCAACUUUACCAAGAUUCCAGCCGUCCAAAGAAUUCACAACGUCACUACCAUCAAGCCAUGGGCUAAUGCCCUUGACUCCCCCAAACAGAUGUUCCGUGUCCAAUUUUCUCACAAGACGAUGAAGCCCGACGCAAAGGUUCUUCUUUCCAUUUAUGAGGCUUGGAAAGCCGCAGUCGACAAGAUCGCUGAUGUCCAGGGCCUUUACCCGACUUUCGUCACUAAUGUUAUGUCCCCGACUUCAAUUCGCGUGGCCAAGACCAACGGUGUUGGCAACGUUUGGGGUCUUGAAGAAGAACCUCUUAUCAUUUGGCAAUUCAGUACCGGCUGGGCCCUAGCACAAGACGAUAUUCGCAUGGAGGGUUGGUCCCGUCAAUUGGCCGAGCACCUUCACACUAUCAACAAAGAGCUGGGAAUUUCUUCCGAGUUCGUCUACAUGGGUGAUGCUGGUGAGUGGCAAGAUCCUUAUGCGGGUUUCCCCAGUGAGAACGUCGCUCGCAUGAGAGAGAUCAGGUCUUCUUAUGAUCCCGCUGGAGUUUUCUCCACUCUUAGCUGGGGUGGUUUUAAGCUGGUCCACGCCCAAAGCAUUGCCCGCGUAUGGACACACUUCUACCCAAACUGCCCCGGCGAAGCAUUCAGCAAGCUCGACACAUACGAAAACUACCAAGAAUCUGCUCCAUCCCAAGACAUCACCGUGGACAGCUGUAAAAACUUCGCCGUCCCCUCCUACGAGCACAACCUCGUCAGCGCCAUCUCUGUCGACGCAGAGCUCCUCUUCCACAAUCACGACCUCCCCUUCCUAGAAGGCGGCAGUGGCUGCAACAUCACCGUACACGAGGUCCCGGGAUGCAUCGACCCACCCCUCAUCAGCAAAGAGAUCCAAAAUGGCGUCGAAGUCAGCCAGUGCGAGCCACGCCAGCUCGUCGCUUACAGCCAAGUCUGGGUAAAUCUUGUUUGCGACAGCGAUAGUCCCCUCCACAGCGAGAACACUCCAACAAAGGAGAACAAGAAAGUGGAUACAGAGCAGUCCACGCCUACUUCUGAGCCCGAUGCGCCUGUGCGCGCGGAGAAACAGACUUCCGUUGAGGAUAUCAGUAAUAUUCAGACACCUGGGUCGAACUCGGAUUCUUGGCGUUCCUCCCAAGUUAUGCAGAACCAGCGAGAGCCCGAGCAGGAGAGUCGAGUUAAUAAUGCUGGUCAUGCAGAGAGUGACCGGAUCAUUCAUCAGACGAUGGAGUUGUUGAAGAAUAAGACUUCCCAUAUCGUCUCCGGCAAGCACCAUGCUCCCCACUUGAAUGUUACGCUGCACCACAAUGGCACUGCCCCGGGCAAUCACACUGUGAUGUCACGUCGGCGCUUGUCUGUUUUGCGAAACAGGGCUACUCGUUUUGUUUAG